UUAUGUAGCAUAGUUGGUAAAAAGGUGGGGACUCCAGAAGCAAUAUUUAAUCGAUGCAUAGGUAGAUCCAUUGGUCACUAGCAGUACUUAACCGAAAGCUACCAUUAACUGCUAAAAAGGAUGUCUCUUGAUCAGAAAUUCGAACAAGCAGCAGAAGCUGUAAAAGCUCUUACCAAACGUCCUACUGACGAAGAAUUUUUAGAAUUGUACGCGUUGUUUAAACAAGCAACGGUGGGAAAUAUAAAUACCACGAGACCUGGUAUGCUGGAUUUAAAGGGGAAAGCAAAAUGGGACGCAUGGAAAUCGAAGGAAGGCAUGUCUCAGAACGAUGCGAAAGAAGCGUACAUUAAAUUCGUGGACAAAUUGUUGGAGAAGUAUAAAUAAAGUGUUUAAUUAUUUUGUUAUUCAAAUACGAUGCUGUAUUAUAUCGAUGUAUGACUUUAUAUGAUUUAUAUUUUGAAAUAAUAUUUUGGAAUAAAAUAGUUAUUUUGAGUUA